AUGUCUGCUGGUUCUGUUCUCGUCACCGGUGGCACGGGCUACAUUGGCUCGUUUACCGCCCUCGCCCUGCUCGAUGCGGGCUACAAGGUCGUCGUCGCUGACAACCUGUACAACUCCUCCGCUGAGGCUUUGAACCGCAUUGAGUUGAUCUCGGGCAAGAAGGCCGAGUUCGUCCAGCUCGAUGUCACCGACGAGAAUGGCUUCGACAAGGUCUUCGAGGCCCACCCCGACAUUGACAGUGUCAUCCACUUCGCCGCCUUGAAGGCUGUUGGCGAGUCCGGUGAGAAGCCCCUGGACUACUACAUGGUCAAUGUCUACGGCACCAUCAACCUCCUCCGCUCUAUGGUCAAGUACAAUGUCACCAACAUUGUCUUCUCCAGCUCGGCCACCGUCUACGGCGAUGCUACCCGCUUCCCCAACAUGAUCCCCAUCCCCGAGGAGUGCCCUCUGGGCCCCACCAACCCCUACGGCAACACCAAGUUCGCCGUCGAGACUGCCAUCACCGACGUUAUCAACGCUCAGCGCAACAACGCCAUCAAGGCCGGCAAUGACGCCGAGGCCCAGAAGUGGAACGGUGCCCUGCUGCGCUACUUCAACCCUGCCGGUGCCCACCCCUCCGGCAUCAUGGGUGAGGACCCUCAGGGUGUCCCAUACAACCUGCUCCCCCUGCUGGCCCAGGUCGCCACUGGCAAGCGCGAGAAGCUGAUGGUCUUCGGCGACGACUACGCCUCCCACGACGGCACCGCCAUCCGUGACUACAUCCACAUCCUCGAUCUGGCAGAUGGCCACCUCAAGGCUCUCAACUACCUGCGUGCCAACAACCCCGGCGUUCGGGCCUGGAACCUGGGCACCGGAAAGGGCUCCACUGUCUAUGAGAUGAUCAAAGCCUUCUCUGCCGCCGUCGGCCGUGACCUUCCCUAUGAGGUCGCUCCCCGCCGUGCGGGUGACGUCCUGAACCUCACUGCCAACGCCAACCGUGCCACCACCGAGCUCGGCUGGACCCCUAAAUUCACUCUCGAGCACGCUUGCGAGGACCUUUGGCGCUGGACCAAGAACAACCCCCAGGGUUACCGCCAGCAACCCCCGGCGGAGCUGCUGGCUCAGCUGAAGAAGUAA